UGACGUUAGCUAGUUUCCUGAUAAAAAUGAACAAGAUUGACGUGUGACCUUUAUUUGUUAUGAUUUUGUGAUCAAUACUACCAAAGGGAAAGUCUUUUCGUGAUAAGAAUUCAGAUUAGAACAAGGGAAAGGUUUAUAAACUGUCAUCAAAAAUAUGGAUUUAGCUAAAUCUUUAUUUAGUUCACGCGACCAUGUCGGAUACGUAGGCCGGGAGGAUCAUGAACGAAAAAUCAGUGCAGCAUUAGCUGAUGACGACCCAGAAGAUGUGAUAGAUGCAAUACGAGGACUUAAUAUCGCCGAUGAACUUCUCCCGGCUCCUGGUGGGCCGUUUUCUGCUUUGACUCCAAGCAUGGUACCCCAAGAUAUCAUGGCCAAACUAGCACAACCCGAAUCCGAAGGUCAUGGUGGCGGCUUACCAGAUUACAGAUUCGAUGAGUUCGGCUUCUGUGUCGAAGAAGAGGACGGGCCAGAACAGAGUUCAAAUAAACUUUUGGCAAAUGCAUUUGUGGAAGAUGAUCAACAUAGACUCCAAUGGGAAUUUUACAGCAAAGAAAUAAGUUUUUCUGAAAGUGAAGGGAAACUCGAGAAGACAGAUAAACUGCACAAAAUGGUGAAGGAUGGUGUGCCCCACUCUCUUAGGCCACAAGUAUGGAUGAACCUAUGUGGAGCAAACAAAAAAAGGGCAUCUACUGAGAUCACUUAUCAUGAUAUAGUAAGGGCUUCAAGUGAUGAUGGUUUGGUAACAAGCAAGCAAAUAGAGAAGGAUUUGGUACAAAUACUACCAAAUAAUGUGUGCUUUUCACAUCCAACAAGCACUGGUGUACCAAGGCUGCGUAGAAUAUUAAGAGCCUUAGCCUGGCUAUAUCCAGAUAUAGGAUAUUGUCAGGGCACUGGAAUGAUAGCAGCAUCACUACUGCUUCUGAUGGAGGAAGAAGAUGCUUUUUGGAUAAUGUGUACUACAGUAGAGGAUCUUCUACCAGCUUCAUACUAUUCUUCAACUUUGAUUGGUAUACAGGCUGAUCAGAGAGUAUUGAGAACUUUAAUUGCAAACUAUCUGCCAGGUAUUGAUCAGGUUUUAAACGCACAUGACAUUGAGCUGUCUCUCAUUACCAUGCAUUGGUUUCUGACAUUAUAUGCUAAUAUUGUUCAUAUGAAAAUUUUACUUAGAAUUUGGGAUCUCUUUUUUCUAGAUGGUUCAAUAGUUUUAUUUAAAGUUACACUAGCUAUGUUAAAGAUUAAAGAGAACAGAUUUACUGAGAUAUCUAAUUCAGCUCAGAUUUUUAAUACACUCUCAGAUAUUCCGCGGGAAAUAGAUGAUGUUGAUUUACUUAUUAAAACUAUUUAUGAAGUUUGUGGAGAUACUCUUAGUCCCACUUUAAUUGACACGCAUAGGAGGAGGCAUUUGGCUUACUUGAUGGCUGACCAAGGUGCACUUGUUGGUAAUCCCAGUGCUGUGCCCAACUUACCCAAACAACAACUUCAAAGGCGCCAGAUAAAGAAAAACAAAUCUGUUAUACAGACAAUAUUAUUUGGAGAAGAUAGCAACAAUGAAGAUGCAGUUUCUAAAAAUGUGAAGCAAACGGAAAUUCUAGUUGAUCUUAGAGAAGCUAUACUUCAAGUUGCCAGACACUUUUUGGCUCUAGAGCCACAAUUGGCAUCUGAAGUUCAAUUAACAGCAGACUACACAAUGCAAAGCCAUGCAGCAGACCGGGAAAGAUAUGUCAAUGUUUCACGGAGUAAGAGACGUAGAGCUAAGGCUCUUUUAGAUUUUGAGAGAAGAGAUGGUGAUGAACUAGGAUUCAGAAAAAAUGAUGUAAUUGAAGUGAUCAGCUCAAGAGACGAACACUGCUGGAUUGGAGAGUUGAAUGGUUUGAGAGGUUGGUUUCCAGCAAGAUUUGUCAAACUUUUGGAUGAGAAGGGAGUAAAAUACAGCAGAGCUGGUGAUGAUUCUGUGACAGAAAAAGCAGCUCAUCUUGUAAGAGGGGUGUUAGCACCUGCAUUCAAGAGAGUCCUCUUGCAUGGUAUCAAAAGACCAAGUUUCCUUGAUGGACCUUGUCAUCCAUGGUUGUUUAUAGAAGAGGCUUCAUCAAGGGAAGUGGAAAAAGAUUUUAAUUCUGUGUACAGUCGUUUGGUCUUGUGCAAGACAUACCGUUUGGAUGAGGAUGGUAAAGUUCUCACUCCAGAGGAACUGUUAUACAGAUGUGUACAGGCCAUUAAUUUGUCACAUGAUAAUGCUCAUGCACAAAUGGAUGUUAAAUUACGUACACUUAUUUGUAUGGGAUUAAAUGAAGAGGCUCUGCACUUAUGGUUGGAAGUCUUAUGUUCUUGUGUGGAUGUUGUACAAAAAUGGUAUCAUCCAUGGUCAUUCAUAAAUUCCCCUGGAUGGGUUCAAAUAAAAUGUGAAUUAAGAAUCCUUUCCCAAUUUGGAUUUAAUUUAAACCCUGAUUGGGAAUUACCCCUUAAGAAGGAUACACAAAAUCAGCCCUUAAAGGAGGGUGUGAGAGAUAUGCUAGUAAAACAUCAUUUAUUUUCAUGGGAUUUGUAGUUGAUAGACAAUUUUUAUUAAUAUACAUUUAGCUUAAUUUAUCAAUGUAUGUGCAAUUUCUUAUGUGAGUAAUAAUGUACUUAAAGCCUUGUAUAAAAUUUUGUUAAUAGGAAAAAUCACUGUUAUGUUGCUUUUUAUAAUACAAUUUUAUUCCAAAUCACUAAUAAAAAUAUAAAAUAUAGUUA